AAACCGAUAAAAGAAGCUUUUAUCUAGCAUCCAAUACGACAAACACAUCAAGAAACGGUUCUGUGAAUAAGUUAUUGACGAAAGAGAAAGUCGACGAAGAAAAUCGAUCAGUGUUACUUAGGACCUAAACUUUGCAUUAGCUUGACAUACUUUUAAAGAAUAGGCGCAAAAACGGCAGAAAAUAAUUGUCGAUGAUCAGCUCCAUGUUGUUUUUAAUGUGGAAUUCGUAACGAGAAUCGUUAUUUCUUUGAAACUAACUUUCGUAUGUGAGAUAAUGUCCUCAAAGCAGUUUAUCAAUAUCAACAAUAAAUAUGACCGCGUAGUUGUUCUGGUUGAUAUGGAUUGUUUCUACUGUCAGGUGGAAGAAAAGUUAAAUCCCGAAAUACGUGGGAAACCCAUUGCGGUUGUACAAUACAAUCCGUGGCAAGGUGGAGGUAUAAUCGCCGUUAACUAUCCGGCCCGUGCUAAAGGUGUGACCCGGCACAUGCGUGGAGAUGAGGCGAAACAGCAUUGUCCAGACAUUGUGCUACCGCAGGUGCCACAGGUUCGUGGCAAAGCAGAUAUUUCCAAAUAUCGGGACGCCGGCAAGGAAGUGGCCGCCGUUUUACAGACAUUCACUCCACUUCUGGAGCGAGCGAGUGUGGACGAAGCCUACCUGGACAUCACGGAACGGGUGUUGGCUCGGUUGCGUGAUAUGAACGAAGGUAAAUUCCAUCUGCUUCCUGAUAAGCUGGCGAACACCUUUGCAGUUGGAUACGAUAGUGUUGGCGAAUUUGUGCAGAAAAUUUCCGGGGAUUUGGAAGGUAAAAUAUGCUCUCAAGAAUUAGACAGUGAGGAAGACAGAGUCGCAUAUAAGAAAAGUGACAUUAAGCUGCUAAUAGGAGCUUCUAUAGUGAAUGAGAUUCGCGCAGCGGUAAAGGAAAAAACCGGCUACGAAUGUUCUGCUGGCAUUUCCCAUAACAAGAUUCUGGCUAAGUUAACCGCCGGUUUUCAUAAGCCUAACAAACAAACCAUUUUACCUUUAAAGUGCAUCUCAAAAAUGUACGAAACGCUAUCGAUAAAGAAAGUUAAAGGUCUUGGUAGUAAACUGGGGGACCAAGUGUGUGAAAUUUUGAAAAUUCAAACCAUGAGUGAGCUGGCUAAGUUUUCAGAAAAGGUUCUCCAGAAUCACUUUGACGAACGAAUAGGAUCAUGGAUGUACCUGAUGGCAAAAGGCAUCGAUCUGGAAGCAGUGACUCCAAAAUUCAAUUCGAAGAGUAUUGGCUGCUGCAAGAGAUUUCCGGGUAAAAAUGCAAUUAGUGGUAUCGCUACUCUCAAGCACUGGCUGGGUGAGUUGGCCAAUGAAAUACAAGAAAGGUUGGAGAAGGACAUGGACGAGAACAACCGAAUUGCCAAACAAAUGACAGUGAGCUAUGCUCAGCAAUUUGGCCAGAAUGAUGUGUCCAGCACGAGAAGUGUUCCCUUGGUAGGGUACAAUGCUGACCGGAUCGCUGCCGAUGCUUUAGAAGCCAUCAAACGAAAUACCGAUGUGUUCCUCAAACCGGACAGUUCCGGCGCGUUAAACAAUCCUAUUAAGUUUCUCGGAAUAAGCUCUGGGAAAUUCGAGGAUAAUGCAACCGGAAAGAAGAGCGGAUUGAAGGAAAUGUUUUCGAAUAUUGCCAACAAAGCCAAGGAAGGUGAAUCGUCCAAAGAGUUCGAAAAGGUUGAACCAAUUUCAGCGAAGAAAGAGCCAGAGAAGAGGGACUUAAAGCAUUUCUUCAGAGAAAAAGAUGGCCCAAGUGAGCCCAAAGAAGUCACUUGUUCUGUUGAGAAUCAACAGCAAAGAGUUCAGAACGACCCUAUCAAGUUUAUCGGGAAGGAAAUGUUUUCAAAUAUUGCCAACAAAGCCAAGGAAGGUGAAUCGUCCAAAGAGAUCGAAAAGAUUGAACUAUUUGUUGCGAAGAAAGAAGAAGCACAAGAUGGACCAAGUGAUCCCAAUGAAGUCACUUGUGCUACUGAAAAUCAACAGCAAAGCGUUCAGACCGAUUCCGUAGAAAGUAGUCCGAAGAAAAAGCCAAGCCAAACCAUGUUUAUUAAAAGUUCUAAUCACAACUCCGCUGUCGAGAAGGUCAACGAAUGUAGCUCCGUAUUGCUGCACAACAUAUCGGAAGAUGACCCAACAAUUGCUGCGCUGGAAGCUAAGCUUGUUGAAGAUCUUUCCGAACCUUAUCUGUAUGAUACUCAACCAAUCGAAAAGGUCCAAGUGGCAAAAUAUGCGUGCCCCCAAAGUCCGCUCAAAUAUGGAGAAAGCAUCUUAGAGCGUCCUAAAGAUGAUGAAAACCCUGGCGAAAAAAUAAGCAAAUUAACAUCUUUGGAGGUGAAAUCAGUUGAAUCCAUAAACCAGGAGGUAGUGAAAGGACCAUCUUCAAGUAGUGGGCCAUCCGUUUUGGAUUACCGUCGGACAUAUGCCGAGUUUAACCGUCCUUUAUGUCUACCGGAACCGAUUAAGAAACCUUGCCCUGAAUGUGGUAACGAUGUACCUGAAAACGAACUACAGUCCCAUCUUGACUUCCACUUUGCCCUUCAGCUGAGCCAGCAACAACGGGAUGAAUUCCGAACCGAAAUAAAAACUAAGUUCUCUUCUCCUGCAGCUGCAGCAGUGAAAUCCAAACCACAUCAACCAGCUUCUCGACAAGUGACCAAAACCAAAGUUCCAUCAAUCGACAAGUUUCUUGCUACAACUACUGCGACGAAUACCUCUACGGAGGAUGCAGUUACAAAAUGUGCCGAAUGCAACAAAAGAAUUCCAACAGCGAGUAUGCAGGAACAUCUCGACUAUCAUGCCGCAAGAAAACUGCAAAUUGAGCUUAAUAAACUGGAAAUGCAAACAGUUAAAUUGAACGCAUUCGGCGUCAACGCAAGCAAUACCGGUGCAGGCAGCAGUCUCAAACGGAAGCGACCCUCGACUAGUGAUAAAAGCCAACCGGCAAAGGUGAAUAACCUGUCGUCAUACUUUACAAAAAUGUAAUAACGACAAGGAAGUAACACUAAUCGAUCUUCUGUGCCAUAUAUGAAACUGUUAGUUUUAAUUAUUGUAUCCUAAGUUCUAAGAGAAACAUGAUUUUUACAACGUUAUAUGUAUCUAACCUAUUUUGUUUAUUUCUUACGAUACAAAUGCUUGCAAUUCUAUGAGUUAA